AAACAACUCUGCUCCGGUGACCAGCUUUUGCUGGGUCUCAAAGAAGUAACCCGGAUGUAUCUGGUGACCCGAAGAAUGCUGCGAUGGCUCCACAUCUCACCACUGAAUGGCGGAUGGACCUCCACCACAGUUUCGUCAGUUUCGGUGAGUGCAGGCCGCAGGGCUGUCACCGAAAACAGCCUCGCAUGCUGUCACCCAAAACGAGCCACAGAGAUCGACCUGGAAAGACCAACAGAUCCACCGGUGGUGCCGUGACGACACGAGCUGAACACCAGGACUGUUGGGAAGGUGCCAACGAGGCAACCAGCAGCUCUUUGCAGAGCUUUGUGAAGAGCUUGGCCAAUCCGCAGCGCUCGACGGCCUUGGUCAUCGCGCUGAGCUUCAUGGCCGUGGGCGUUCAAGCUUGGGAAGAGGAAGUGCUCCUGAGCCGAAUGCUUUUAUUCCUUGGUGUGCUGCUGAUUCCUGCAGCGGUGGGGCAACCCUCAGCAGCUGCUGAGGUCUUGGAAGUCGCGGAUCUCAGCGAAGUGGCCAGGACGCAGCCAAAGCUUGCUGAGGUCCCACCUGCGCUGACGAUGGAGUUGGACUUAGAAACGCCACCAUGCCCACCGGUUUGACCAGGAGUUGCGAAAAAGACGCUGGUGUUUGUUGAAGACACGUUUCACUUGUGCAGUGUGGCUGGAACGGCCGUUCAGCCAAAUAGCAAAAAUGUAACCUUCCAGGAUCACCCCAAGGAUCCCAAGGUAUGCUUUGUCCAAAUGCCUGGUCGCUUCUUCCCAGCAGCUGGACUGGCGUCGGUUCGGUUUUUUUUUUUUCCG